AUGAACGAAGACCCCAAGAAGCACGACUUCGACCAGCGCCACGAUGGACCUUUCGAAGCUGCACAGGCAGAUCCCGAAAAGCCGGGGCGGCCGUCACUACAGACAUCACUACUUCCCGCGCCCCAGCGACAUGUGUCCGAACCGCUGCAAGAUACAGGGACGACAAGUCCCAGCUCCGCUCCGGACGGAAUACCCGGCAAGACGCGGAAGAGCGUACAAUUGCCCCGAAAGAGCGAGCAAUUGGUGAGGAAGAGCGAGCAGUUGGUGAGGAAGAGCGAGGACCCGGGUCGGCCUCCAAGAACGAGCACAGCCAUGUCAAGAUCGGGGAGACCCAGCAGGGAUUUCGACAUACGACGGGAUGGACCAUAUGGACGGCCUUCGCUCAAUAUGCAGCGACGAAGAUCGUCUGGUACGGGAAUGUCAACGGCAGAGCCGGCUGAGGCACGAGAUGGAAGAGAGGGCAGCAUUGCGCCGGAUCCUGCGAUGCUGGAAGCAAUGCCGACCAGCGCGGAAGAGCAGGCUGCGUAUGAGCCGGAGCCACCGCCAUUGAACUACAACCUGUGGGAGAGGAAAUGGUUCAUCGUCCUCUUCUGGAGCAUGAUUAUCAUCGAUGUUGUCGGACAACCCAUCGCUCUCUACUUCGGUCUAUGGUACGGCCUCACUCGCAAGCAAUUGUCCGCCAACGCCGUGUUUUCGAUCGUCACUGCUGCCAUAGGGGGUGUCAGUAUCUUCGAGUACGUCCUGCGCUUCUGGAGACUCUUCAAGAAGGGCAGCACAUGUCGAGUGAUUGGAGCUAGGAGGAUGUACCUGGACUGGUUCCACUGGAACUUCAGCCUUGGCUGGGCGAUCAUCAUGAUCGAGUUGAUAGUGUACGUCGACCCCACCAGCGAUGGUCAUGAUGGGUUUACGUUACUGACAAGAUGACAGAGGAACGAUCCCCGAAAACCCGCCGAUCCGCCUCCUCUCCAUGCCUCUGGCAUCCAUGCUGUAUGCCUUUGGCACUGAGCUCCUCAUCGUCGACACGCUUCGCUAUUUCCAGAUCCCCUCACCAUGCCGCAUGUCGUCGAUCCCCAAAGGCGCCCAACUCCGGCCAGCAAUCUACACGGUGAUCGAAGACGUCAUCGCCGUCGACGGCAGCGGCGGAACGGCGUAUCGCGAAGCGCUCAACAAGCGCUACGAAUCGUCGCACAUGUUCCGGGCGAUGCUGCGCCGUCUCGGCAUCUUCUGGUCAUUUGGAGCGGAAGGAAUGGCGGUGGUGACGACGAUCCUCGUCUUCACCAUCACCGGGGAGGCGGCGUACGUGGUGGGGUGGAGCGCGCCGUUUGCGUGGGCGGGCAUCUGGACGCUGCUGACGAUAUGGUAUGUGAAGGGACAGCUGAAGCAGGAGAAGAAGGCGUGGGCGGAGGAGAUUGCGGAGAAGCAGGGCGCCAUUGCUAUGAUGUCGAGGGAAGGAAACAGCUUGAGGGAUGCGAACAGUUCACGGGAGUUGAAUAGUAUGGAGUAG